AUGGGGUCCACGAAGGUCAAAAAGUCGAAGCACGCCGAGGCCGAGCCCAUGCAGGAGCCCGGCAAGCGCAAGCGCAAGGAGGUCGAGUCCGCGAAGAAAGCGGCGAAGGUGGAGAAACCCGCGAAGCAGUCGAAGAAGAAGCUCGAGGAGGACCUCGCCGCCGCCGCCGCGCUCGCGGCGAAGAAGAAGAAAAAGGCGGCGGAAUCGUCCGACAGCGAGAGCGACAGCGACAGCGACUCGUCGUCCUCGGACUCGUCGUCCUCGGACUCGGACUCGUCCUCCUCGGACUCCGACGCGGAGGACGCCCCCGCGCCGGCGACGCCGUCCGCGUCGAAAUCCGACGAGGCGAACGAGGACGCGUCCCCCGAGGACGAUCCUCUGCGCGUCUCCAACUUUAACAUCUCUCGAGAGGUGUGCGCGCGCCUGGAGACGAAAGGGAUCACGUCUCUGUACGGCAUCCAAGCGCAGACGUUCCAGCACGUCCUCGACGGGAAAGACAUCGUCGCGAGAGCGAAGACGGGGUGCGGGAAGACGCUCGCGUUCGUCCUCCCGAUCGUCGAGGCGAUCAACCGCGAACACCCGGUGCCAGCGAACGGUCGCCGCGCGCAAGGCCGAGCCCCCGUCGUCGCGCUGCUCGCGCCGACGCGCGAGCUCGCGAAGCAGGUCCACGCGGACUUUCAACACAUCGGGCACGCGUUCAAGCUCACGGCGAUAUGCGUGUACGGCGGCGCGCCGUACGGGGACCAGCAGCGGCUGUUGCGCGCGGGAUGCGACAUCGUCAUCGGCACCCCGGGGCGGAUGAAGGAUCAUCUGGAACGCAAGACGCUGAGCUUCGAUAAGCUCCGCUUCCGCGUUUUGGACGAGGCGGACGAGAUGCUGAACAUGGGGUUCGUGGAGGACAUAGAGAUGAUCCUGAACCACGCGAAGGAUAACGAGAAACUUCAGACGCUGCUGUUCAGCGCGACGUUGCCGAAGUGGGUCGCGGACAUCUCGCGAAGGUUCCUUCAGCCCGACCACGUCACCGUGGACCUCGUCGGGGACGAGAAACAGAAGGCGUCCGCAGCCGUGACCCACAUGCUUCUGAACUGCCAGUGGAGCGAGCGCACCGAGCUCGUGUGCGACUUGAUCCGCGCGAAGGUACCCGGGGACGGCCGCGUCAUCGUGUUCUGCGACACCAAGCGCGACUGCGGCGAGCUCCAGGAGGCGCUGCAGAAGGAGCUCGAGAAGGGCGCGAAGGCGCUCCACGGCGACGUGAACCAAGCCCAGCGCGAGGUCGUCCUCGCCGGGUUCAGGGCGAACAAGUUCCAGACGUUGGUCGCAACGGACGUCGCCGCGCGCGGGCUCGACAUCAGCGGCGUCGAGCUCGUCGUGCAGUGCGAACCUCCGAAGGAACCGGAGACGUACAUUCACAGGAGCGGACGCACCGGGCGCGGCGGCGCGACGGGCGAAUGCGUGACGCUCUGCACGCCCAGGAACGAGUGGGCGAUCCCGAACAUCGAGCGCAAGGGCGGGUUUAAGUUUCAGAGAAUCGCGCCUCCGCAACCCGCGGAGAUGGCCGCCGCGGCCGCGAAGAUUGUCAUCGCGCAGGUGCGCGCGGUGGCCAAGGGCGCGGCGAAGAUGUUCAUGGACGCCGCGAAGGAGCUCCUCGAGGGCGGCGCGGGCGAGCACGACGAGGGCGCGGAUCCGACGGAGAUGCUCGCCGCGGCGCUGGCGAAACUCGCCGGUCACGGCGAGCUCCGAACGCGCUCGCUCCUGACGUCGCACACCGGGCAGACGACGCUGCUGUUCGCCGCGGGCGGGACGACGGAGAUUCGAACGCCGACGUACGUCUGGAAUUUUUUACGCCAACGCCUGGACGAGAGCGACCUUCAGAUUCGAAGGCUGACGUUGUGCGCGGACAGCAAAGGCGCGGUGUUCGACGUCCCGAGCGAGCUCGCGGACAAGUUCACUGCGCUGAGCGAGAACCAAGAGAGCGGUCCGACGCCGAUCGCGAUCACCGUCUGCGAGGAACUCCCGGAGCUCGUCGUGCGCCCGGGGGGCGGCGGCGCGGGCGGUGGCGGCCGAGGAGGAGGCUUCGGCGGCGGGAGAGGCGGUAGAGGCGGGUUCAACGGCGGGAGAGGCGGUCGAGGCGGGUUCAGCCCGGGUGGCCGGGGCGGUCGAGGCGGAUUCAGCCCGGGCGGUCGCGGUCGCGGCGGGGGUGGGCGAUUCGGAGGCGGCGGCCGAGGAGGAGGACGGGGCCGCGGUUGA